CUCCCCCCAACACACAAAGGCAUAUAUGCAAGGAGAAGUUUGAUUAAAUUAUAAGAAUGGCAAAGAAAAACCUGGAAAUAGUUGUUGGAACAUGGGGAAUCAGAAGCAGCUUCCGUUCCCUUAUUGCCGUCCUGAUCACCGUCCUAAUCAUCACCGCUGUCUAUCUUACCCAAGAAAGUGGAAUUAGAUUAGUGUGGGAAUAUAGAAGCAAUGGUUUAUUGUCGAAAUGCGAUUUGUUUUCUGGGAGAUGGGUAUUCGAUAACGAAACAUACCCUCUAUAUAAAGAGCAGCAAUGCACAUUCAUGUCUGACCAAUUGGCUUGUGAGAAGUUUGGGAGAAAGGAUUUGAGCUAUCAGAACUGGAGAUGGCAACCCCACCAAUGUAACCUUCCUAAGUUCAAUGCAACAGCGUUGCUGGAGAGGCUAAGGAACAAAAGGCUUAUGUUUGUGGGAGAUUCUCUUAAUAGGGGUCAGUGGGUUUCGAUGGUCUGCCUGCUCGAUUCAUGGAUUUCACCAAAACUCAAAUCCAUGCACAACAAUGGCUCUUUGAACACCUUUAAGGCCAUUGAAUUCAAUGCGUCAAUUGAUUUCUAUUGGGCUCCAUUGCUGGUGGAAUCGAACUCCGAUGAUCCGGUAAACCACCGGAUACCAGAUCGGAUUGUUAGAGUCAAGGCAAUAGAGAAGCAUGCUAGGCAUUGGACGGAUGCAGACAUACUGGUGUUUGACUCCUACUUAUGGUGGAGAAGGCCAGAAAUGAAAGUUCUGUGGGGAUCAUUUGAAAGUCCAGAUGAUGCUAUUUAUAAAGAAAUAGAGAUGCUUCGCGUCUAUGAGAUGGCUCUAAGAACAUGGUCUGAUUGGGUGGAAGUUCAUGUUAAUAGAACCAAGACCCAAAUGUUUUUUGUUAGCAUGUCACCAACUCAUGAAAGUGGAGAAGAUUGGGGCGGUUGUGAAAACUGUUACAAAGAAACAGACGUAAUUUUAGAUGAGAGAUAUUGGGGAAAUGACACAAAUCCAAAAGUGAUGCGAGUGCUUGAAACUGUGCUUGAUGAAUUGAAAGGAAGAGGGGUGAAUGUACAAAUGCUCAACAUUACACAGCUCUCAGAAUAUCGAAAAGAAGGCCAUCCAUCUAUCUAUAGGAAACAGUGGGAAACUCUCACUGAAGAGCAAAUAGCAAACCCCAGCAAUUAUGCAGACUGUGUACAUUGGUGCCUACCCGGAGUGCCUGAUGUAUGGAAUGAGUUCUUGUAUGCUUAUAUUGUUCAUCAUCAAUUAUGACAAAUCCGAUCUGGAAUAAAAGUUCUGGAAAAGUAAUUCCAAGCUUCUUUCUGUUGGAAAAUUAUUAGAAAAUAUAUGAUAAAAACAUGGAAGCAAAAAUAUU